UCUCCGUCUGUUCUAUUGUCCCAGGCAGCCUGUAAGUACAGAGAGAACACACACAGCAUAAAACGUUGAAGACUACGAGACUGAUCAAGGAAAAUAGGCAGAAAGCAAGUUGUUCAGAAGUGUUUUUGAACGGCCUCUUUGUUUUCUAAUAAGCGGCAGUGAUGCCAUCCGACAGGCCUUUCAAACAAAGACGGACAUUUGCCGACAGGUGCAAAGAGGUGCAACAAAUCCGAGAGCAACACCCCAACAAGAUUCCAGUUAUCAUCGAGCGCUACAAGGGGGAGAAGCAGCUGCCAGUCUUGGACAAAACCAAGUUCCUGGUACCCGACCAUGUCAACAUGAGUGAGCUGGUGAAGAUCAUUAGGCGCCGGCUGCAGCUGAACCCCACCCAGGCCUUCUUCCUGCUGGUCAACCAGCACAGCAUGGUCAGCGUCUCCACCCCCAUCUCGGAGAUCUACGAGCAGGAGCGCGAUGAGGACGGCUUCCUCUACAUGGUCUACGCCUCCCAGGAGACCUUUGGCUGCUAGGGGGCACGGACGACGAGGCGGACGGACGAACGGUCGGACGGAUGCGGCAAACUGCAGCAUCCCAACCAUGUGGUGUGGGAGGGGGUGGGGGUGUGGGGAGAGAGGGAGGGCUAGAGAGAGAGAGACAGAGAAGGUGAUAACACGGAGGAAGGUCAGGCACACAAGGCCCCGAGCGCUUUGACAGGCCGCUUCCUUUUUGUCUUUGUGUUAGGUUGGUGUGUGUUUUUUUUAUGUUUCUCUCACACUGUCUUGCUCACUUGAGCUCGGUCUCGGUCUCUCUCUCUCUGUCUCUCUCCCUGACCUUCAUCAUGUUCUGCAGUGUCUCUUGAAGAUGCUGUCAGUUAGUGAGUGGCAUAACGUCUUUUCAUACUCUUUCCUCAUUGCAAAGUGAGUCUAGCUAGCCUCAGCUGUUUGACAUUCUUCUCCAAAACCCUUUCCCCUUCCCUUUUCUUUGUCUCCUCUCCUUUCCCCUCUCUUCUCUGGCUUCCCUCAUUCCACCCAGGCUGGGUCGGGUGGGUGAAGUAGGGAUAGCAGUUCCCUCCGUUCCUACCUAGCGUCUUGAUUUUAUUACGUUGUGGUUCCGGAUCCGGUGACGGUUUUGUUUUUCCAGUAGCUUAGGAAAUCUUUUUUUUUAUAGCAAGGGGGCAGUCCUAUAAAUAGCAGGGACAUGCCUUGUGUCGUCUUGUAAAUAGGCCAGGCAGAGACGCGCUGCUCCAUUUUGUUUCUCUUCUCCUUUCCAUAUCCGUUUGUUUGUUUUUUUGUUGUUUCAGCUCUCCCGCCUGUCUGUCUGCUUUGUAGUUAACGCCACAUGCUUCUUAGGUGCUGUCCAAAAAUCUCCACGGAUGACGUCCCUGGCAUGAGGUUUUAUUCCUGUGUGUGUGUGUGUGUGCGUGUGUGUCCGAAUCAUGUGUGAAUCCUCAGAGAGAGAGAGUGCUGCACUGCUGGCUUCACACAGUGCAGUCAGUCUGAUUUUAAAACCUCUGAGCCAUUGACCUUGCCGUGACUACUGUUUAUUAAGAGCAGAAGAGGCACUCUUGUCCCCAGACUAGAUGGGGGUUUGUCUUGCAUACAACUUGAAGCUAAAAUAAGGCAAACGGCUAAUGGGUUUCCGUGCUGAAUGAAUGAACAUGAAGGACGUUAUGUUUUUGCGACUUACGUUUGAAACACUAAUAAUCAUGUAUCCAGUACUGUGUAAGCUGCCUCUUUUCAUUUUUAAAUCAUAAUUGCACACGUAACAAGUGGCAACAGAGUCAAUGCUACAAUCCCAAGUCGUUUACUUUUAACAACCCUCAAGUCUAUCUCCGUCAACCGGGGAGAGAUGUCACCUAACAACACUGGCAUUGGCGUGGCUGUCCUGUGCAGUCCGGACAUGACAAGGGCUCAAUUGAGAAGAGCCGGGACGCACCAGUAGACUUUAAAGCCACGUUAGCUAGCUUCGUCUCCAUCUGUAGUUAACGCAGCAAGCCAACGUGAACACUAGAACAGUACAGGUCUGACUCUAUAGACUGCUGAAGGAGUCUGAGGAGGUAGUAUGCUUUCCUAGUAUAUUUACUUAUCAUUGAGUGAUGUCAGCCGAUAUGCUCUAUUAUGUAGGAAACAAGAAAAACAUGCUUUUUUUGCACACAAAAAACUUAAAAAAGAUAAAACUGUAUUAAAUCUAGAGAAGAAAGACUUACAAUAGCACAUAAUGGUAUUCUAUUUUAUAUCUGCUUCCUGCCUUGGGUACAUCGUAUAAUAAGUAUGCCUUCUGUCAGAACUUUAUAAAUGAAGGGUUUGUGGUUCACUACUUACCUGCAUGUUUCUUUUCUCUACUUGUUUUUUUUAUAUAUUGAUUUACGCUACAGAUUUGGUAAUAAUUUUAACUUUAUUUAAAGAGGAAAUGAAAGUCUUUUUAGAUGUGUCCAACCAAAUGUAAAAAGAGAAAACAACCAACCCAGAAACCUGUAUGUGUACUGUAUGUAUGGUUGAAAUGUUUGAAACACAAAUGUGUGUAUAAACCAUUAUAUAAGCAA